UUUUUCAUUUCGAAAGAAAUCAGUCAAAUUUCUUCAGAUGCUACACUUAUAAAACAUUACAUUGAUUAUCGUAAUGCAUAUAAAUGCGUGUUAUAUAUCCAACAUGGUUGUUGCAAUGCUAAGCUAAGAAUCGAGAUACAUGUUACUUUGGUAGUGCUAAUGUGUGUCAGUACUUCACAUCAUCAUCCAGCAUUCUUUAAACAAUCAGCAUCAGCAGUGAUAGGAGCCAACAAUUUAAUAAAAAAAGCGUGUGAUUGAUUCGAUAACAAGCUAGCACAACCAUAUUUUAGUGAUCGAAAAUUCUCGUAAAAUAGAAACCCUACAGGAAGAAAUGCGUGUGUGAUAAAAAAGCUUCGCGCGAGUUUUCCAUCUAAAACUGUGAUGCUCAAAGGAAUUGUUCCUUUGUUUAUUUCUCACAGGAAAUAAUAUGAAAAAAUACAUUUAGUUAUGUUUACCAUAUCAAGUGACUAUAAAAUUAGGUAGAAAUAUUUUUAGCCAAUCGUUCGCCUAGAAAAUAGAAAAAAAUGGAUGCUGACCCAUCUCUACGUUCAUCAGGGGACCAUAAGCCACCAUCCGCAUCUGUUUCGUCAUCAAAGCAUACCACUGAGUCUGAUAAGCGAAUACCCGAAGUAAAGUCUGAUGUGGUAGCUGGAUCGAAAGCAGAUUUAAAGCCGCGAUCAAACGACACAAGAAAAGGAAGCAAAAAUAAAAAUUUUAUCGUUGGUUUAUUGCGAAAACCAUCUGAACCGGAACCCACUGCUAAGAAAAAGAAUACCAAAAAUAAGAAACGGGGUUCGCGGUUUUUCAGUCGAAGAAGACAUUCGCUUUCUGAUGUAUGGCAAGCCACACUUAAAUCUACAACUGCCAUGAGUCAAGCAGCAGCUCCAAUCAACGGACAAAAUGUAGCUGGCAUCGGGUUGGAUCCCGGUACCGGUCCACCCAAAGGACCCGGUGAAACCGGAAUCGGAAAUACAACAAUACCCGUUGCCCCCAAGAAACCAGUGCGACGAGCGGGAGUGAAGCCGCAACCUGAUCGGCCAGUUAGAGCAUUGUUCUGUUUGACCCUCAAGAACCCACUCCGAAAACUGUGUAUCGAUAUAGUGGAAUGGAAACCAUUCGAAUACUUGAUCUUGUUAACAAUUUUCGCAAAUUGUGUUGCCUUAGCUGUUUAUACUCCUUUUCCAAAUAGUGAUUCAAAUACCACAAAUGCUGCGUUGGAGAAGAUUGAAUAUAUUUUUUUAGUAAUUUUUACAGCCGAAUGUGUGAUGAAAUUAAUCGCAUACGGGUUCAUUAUGCAUCCAGGGUCAUAUCUGAGAAAUGGAUGGAAUAUUCUCGAUUUCACGAUAGUCGUCAUUGGAAUGAUUUCUACUGCAUUAUCCAACUUGAUGAAAGAGGGAUUUGAUGUUAAGGCUCUUCGAGCCUUUCGAGUACUGAGACCUUUGCGGUUGGUGUCGGGAGUACCAAGUUUACAAGUCGUACUUAAUUCAAUUCUUCGUGCCAUGGUGCCUUUAUUACACAUAGCUCUUUUGGUUUUGUUCGUAAUUAUCAUCUAUGCCAUCAUAGGACUAGAACUGUUCUCCGGGAAACUCCACAAGACAUGUUUCAACAACGUUACAGGUGAUGUUAUGGAGGAUCCCCAUCCAUGUGGUGAUGAUGGAUUUCAGUGUUCCAGUAUAUCAGACGAAAUGGUGUGUCGUUAUUACUGGGUUGGUCCUAAUUUUGGCAUAACCAAUUUUGACAAUUUCGGACUGUCUAUGUUAACUGUAUUCCAAUGUGUAACGUUAGAAGGCUGGACUGAUAUGCUGUAUUACAUUCAAGACGCUAUGGGCAGCACAUGGCAAUGGGUCUACUUUAUAUCGAUGGUUAUAUUGGGAGCAUUUUUCGUUAUGAAUCUCAUUCUUGGUGUCUUGAGUGGUGAGUUUUCAAAGGAGAGAACUAAAGCGAAAAAUCGGGGAGAUUUUCAAAAACUGCGUGAGAAACAACAGAUUGAAGAAGAUUUAAGAGGAUAUCUGGAUUGGAUUACUCAGGCGGAAGAUAUAGAUCCGGAAAAUGAAGCCAAUGUCAUACAAGAAGGAAAAACGAUGGCAAUGAACGAAAUAGAUUCUUCUGACCAUUUGGGGGAGGAAGGUGAAAUACAGCAGGAAUCUUGGCUCGCUAGAAAGCGUAAGAACAUUGAUCGCGUAAAUCGCCGGUUGCGGAGAGCAUGCAGGAAAGCGGUCAAAUCGCAGGCAUUCUAUUGGCUUAUUAUAGUAUUAGUGUUUUUAAAUACUGGAGUACUAGCAACAGAGCACUAUCAACAGCCACCAUGGUUAGAUGAUUUUCAAGAAUAUACAAACAUGUUUUUCGUUGCACUGUUUACCAUGGAAAUGUUACUCAAAAUGUACAGUCUGGGAUUUCAAGGAUACUUUGUGUCACUUUUCAAUCGGUUUGACUGUUUCGUCGUCAUAGGAAGUAUUGGAGAGAUGGUUUUGACCAGCACACAAAUUAUGCCACCGUUGGGAGUGUCUGUCCUCCGCUGUGUUCGUCUUUUACGAGUUUUCAAGGUUACGAAAUAUUGGCAAUCUUUGUCGAACCUGGUGGCGUCGCUUUUGAAUUCGAUUCAGUCAAUUGCGUCACUAUUGUUGUUGCUUUUCCUUUUCAUUGUAAUUUUUGCCCUAUUGGGAAUGCAAGUUUUUGGUGGGAAGUUUAAUUUUAAUAGUGAGAUGGAGAAACCUCGAUCAAAUUUCGAUACCUUCGUACAGAGUCUGUUGACAGUGUUCCAGAUUCUAACUGGUGAAGAUUGGAAUGCAGUAAUGUACGAUGGAAUUCAAGCGUAUGGAGGUGUGGCGUCGAUCGGCAUUUUAGCUAGCAUUUAUUUCAUAAUCCUUUUUAUUUGCGGUAACUAUAUCUUGUUAAAUGUUUUCUUGGCUAUCGCUGUCGACAAUCUAGCCGAUGCAGACUCUUUAACAACGGUCGAGAAAGAAGAAGGGGAAGGCGAAGAAGGCGAGGGUGAAGAAAAACCCGGAUCGCAUGAAGCAACUCCAAUGGGCAUAACGGACGACGGAUUUAUGGAACACGACAAAAACAAUUUGGAUUCGGAAAAUGAAAUGAAUAUAUCCGAGGAUUAUGAGCACAAUGGUUCCGAAACAAAAAUGACCUUACCAGACGAUGAUGAAGGCUACGAAGAUCAAGAUCAAGAUUAUCAAGAUCAAGAAUAUAGUCUUGCUAGACCUCGCCGUAUGUCUGAUUUGAACGUAGCCAAUAAAAUCAUACCAAUUCCUCCAGGGUCGUCGUUCUUUAUAAUGUCUCAAACAAACAGGUUCCGGGUGUUUUGUCAUUGGCUAUGCAACCACAGCACAUUCGGCAACAUAAUUCUAGUUUGUAUCAUGUUUUCAUCAGCUAUGUUGGCAGCCGAAGAUCCUUUAAAUGCUAAUUCAGAGCGUAACCAAAUUCUGAACUAUUUCGACUAUUUCUUCACCACGGUUUUCACGAUCGAACUGCUAUUGAAAGUAAUUUCUUAUGGAUUUCUGUUCCACGAUGGUGCGUUCUGUCGAUCGGCUUUCAAUCUCCUGGAUCUACUGGUCGUUUGUGUCUCAUUGAUAUCCAUGUUCUUUAGCUCUGGUGCUAUAUCAGUUAUCAAAAUUCUUCGAGUUCUCAGAGUGUUGAGACCACUUCGUGCCAUCAAUCGAGCCAAAGCCACGAAGCAUGUAGUUCAAUGUGUUAUUGUAGCAGUCAAAACAAUCGGAAAUAUUGUUUUAGUUACUUGCCUACUACAGUUUAUGUUUGCGGUUAUAGGAGUGCAAUUGUACAAGGGCAAAUUUUUUUCUUGUUCAGAUGGAUCGAAAAUGCAAGAAUCUGAUUGCCAUGGAACAUAUUUGGUAUUUGAAGGUGGCAAUGUAGACAAGCCAGUGUCGAAAGAACGCGAAUGGUCAAGAAAUCGUUUUCAUUUCGACGAUGUUUCGAAAGCUAUGCUUACAUUAUUUACUGUCUCCACGUUUGAGGGAUGGCCCGGGUUGUUGUAUGUUUCAAUUGACUCUCACGAAGAAGACUCGGGGCCAAUUCAUAACUUCAGACCAAUUGUUGCAGCUUAUUAUAUUAUUUACAUUAUCAUCAUUGCGUUCUUUAUGGUCAAUAUCUUCGUUGGUUUCGUUAUUGUUACAUUCCAGAAUGAGGGAGAGCAAGAAUAUAAGAAUUGUGACCUGGAUAAAAAUCAGCGAAACUGCAUAGAGUUCGCUUUAAAAGCCAAACCAAUCCGGCGAUAUAUUCCAAAGCAUAGAAUACAAUAUAAAGUUUGGUGGUUUGUUACAUCGCAACCGUUCGAAUACAUGAUUUUCAUAUUGAUUAUGAUCAACACGAUCACAUUGUCGAUGAAAUUCUAUCGCCAGCCAGCAAUAUAUACAGAAAUAUUAGAUUUGCUCAACCUAAUUUUUACCGCUGUUUUUGCCUUGGAAUUUGUAUUUAAACUUGCAGCAUUCAGAUUUAAGAAUUAUUUUGGUGACGCUUGGAAUGUUUUCGACUUCAUCAUUGUUUUGGGCAGUUUUAUUGAUAUUGUCUAUUCUGAAGUUAAUGUUAGCAAAGGCAUGAAGGGAGGAUCCAGCAUUAUUUCGAUCAAUUUCUUCCGUCUGUUUCGUGUUAUGCGACUUGUAAAAUUAUUGGCCCGUGGAGAGGGCAUAAGGACGCUCUUGUGGACAUUUAUCAAAUCUUUCCAAGCGCUCCCCUAUGUCGCUCUUUUGAUCGUGAUGCUCUUUUUCAUCUACGCUGUAAUUGGGAUGCAGGUAUUUGGAAAAAUUGCACUGGAUGACGAAACCUCCAUUCAUCGAAACAAUAACUUCCAAACUUUUCCACAAGCAGUGCUAGUAUUAUUUCGAUCAGCAACAGGCGAAGCAUGGCAAGAAAUCAUGCUGGAUUGUUCAUCUCGACCGGGACAAGUGAUGUGUGAUCCUCGAUCAGAUGACGCCGAUUCACCGGAAGGCUGCGGAUCUAGUAUUGCAUUCCCGUAUUUCAUAUCGUUUUAUGUAUUGUGCUCAUUUUUGAUCAUAAAUUUAUUCGUUGCUGUUAUUAUGGAUAACUUUGAUUAUCUCACACGCGAUUGGUCAAUUCUGGGACCUCAUCAUUUAGACGAAUUUGUUCGACUGUGGAGUGAGUACGAUCCGGAUGCCAAAGGACGGAUAAAGCACUUGGAUGUGGUGACUUUAUUGCGGAAAAUAUCACCUCCAUUGGGAUUCGGCAAAUUGUGCCCCCACCGAGUCGCGUGCAAAAGACUGGUUUCAAUGAACAUGCCCUUAAACAGUGAUGGGACUGUGCUGUUUAAUGCAACAUUAUUUGCUGUAGUCAGAACAUCGUUAAAAAUUAAAACCGAAGGAAAUAUUGAUGAUGCCAAUGCGGAAUUAAGAGCUACCAUCAAACAAAUUUGGAAGAGAACGGCUCCAAAAUUACUCGACCAGGUCGUUCCACCCCCAGGCGUGGACGAUGAAGUGACAGUGGGGAAAUUCUACGCUACCUUCCUUAUUCAAGACUACUUCAGAAGAUUUAAGAAGAGGAAAGAAAAUGACAAUAAGCACGUUGAUUAUGACAAUAGGCGCACAAUGACCCUACAAGCAGGGUUAAGAACACUCCAUGAGGCUGGUCCUGAGCUGAAACGUGCCAUCUCCGGUAAUUUAGAAGAUAUUGGGGACGACAAUCCUGAGCCUAUGCAUAGGAGAAAUCAUACACUUUUCGGCAAUAUGUGGUCAUCGAUACGAAGGCCAGGGCAGUUCCCGAAAAAGGGAAAUAAUGUAGCGCCAAAAACGUCUGCAACAUCUGCAGCAGCUACUGCCGCAAUGCAUGCAGUGUUAUCGGGAGCCGAGGCCUACAAAGCACCAUAUUGUCAAAUCAACAAUGGUUUCAAUCGUAUGGCGAAAAAUGAACCAGCGCAUGACAAUAUUCCAUUGCAUCCAUUGCUGCUCGAUGGUAGUAAUACUGCACAAACCGGACGCGUGUAUAACGCAAAUGACAGUGGCAUGAGUGAUAACGAUGUCGAAGAUCCCACGCUAAACGCAGCAAAUGGCGGUAACAUUGGCAGAGGAAACUUCAUACCAUCCAGAGUGAUACACUCCACGCCAAGUAGUCCACAAGACAAAAGAAAUAAAUCAAUAGAAGUGAUCGGAUCAGCAGAGAGCCUCGUUGGACGAGUACUCUUAGAGCAAGGAUUAGGUAAAUACUGUGAUCCAGAGUUUGUGCAUUGUGCUCAAAUGGAAAUGCAAGAAGCAUUAGAUAUGACGCAGGAGGAAAUGGAUUUAGCAGCACAUGAACUGAUGCUUCAAGAACGGUUUAACAGAAAUAGCAACCAGCCAAAAAAUGUUCAGCCAAAACAAAAACGGAAAAAUGACAACCAAAUUUUAUAGCAGAAUAUAGUAAAAGUCAUUACAUAAGUUAAAUUGAAUAUUAGUUUCUUUUUUGUUUCUGCUUGUGCAAUGUUAUUCAUCGGAUUUAGGUCAGUUGACUAUAGGAUUUUUGUUCUAUAAAAUGUUAGUUUUAUUGACAACGGACCCUUAUACUGUACACGUACAAUCAAAUUUAGUGUAACAUGUGACAAAUGAUUGAUUCAAAUGUCCUUUAUUUUCGUUGUUAUUGCUCUAUACAGAUUUUUAUGAAUGAAAUUCCCAUCCGAAAAAAUACAAAUAAACUGCGAAAACGACAUAGGAUAUUACGCGAAACAUAAGUUUAUUACACUUUUGUUUAUAUUCAUUCGAAUCAACAAUUAUUAUGUAGUAUAAGAUAAAUCCAUUAUUAUUAUUUUUAUUUUAUAUGUUGAAGAAUGAAAUAAUCGAUCCAUUUGCGUAAUUGUUUCAAUCCAAUCGAAUCUUCAUUUCAGCGACAUUGUUAACAAGCAAAAACCCACUAGAAAAAAAUCACACCUAAUUUGUUUCCGUAAUGUAAUUCUCACGGUACAUCUCUUGUAAAUAUCGGAAUCUCGGCGAAACAUCUUCCAUUUUUUUUUCAACAUUCUCAAUUCGAAGAUUGUAACAAACGCCUAAACUGAAACAUAUGUACGGUAAUUAUGCUGUAUAUUUCAUAGGAUUAUUUUAUUGUCAACGGUUUUGAUGUAGAUAAAAGAGCCAAUUUGUUUUCCAUA